UGAAGACCCUAAACCCUUUUCACAAUCUUAUGUUGAAUUGUAGGUUACUCCAUCUCUGGAACAAGUGUCAACAUCAUCAUGAGUAUACUCGGCAAUCUUUAUGAUGCUACGGUGGAGACCAUAGCAAGGCCUUUAGCUUAUAGCCUGAAAAAAGGUGGUGCCUCGUACCCUAAAUUCAGGCAGACCAUCGUCAAAAUGGGUCAGAGAUACCACGAUGCAGCUGUUGGUGAGGAGAAGGCAAUAGAAACAGCUGCCAAUGAUCUCAGUCAUUGUGUGAUGUUAUGCGCAGCGUGGGCCGCUGUAUACUAUGAAAUGGAUAGAUACUUUGACCGCCGGAUGCAGAGAGCCUUGGCAGUGAAUCAAGAACUAAAGCAACUCCAUCAAAAAGCCUUGAGAAUAUUCGAAGAAAAAGAUCAAGUAUACGAUAAAGUCAUGCAAGAAAUUUUCAGUCCAGCACUCUCGGGAGGGAAUGCUUCACAAACUGCAGAUGGAGCUAAGGAUUGAAGUAAACAGAUGCUGAAAAAAGUUUUAUAGGGAAGCGAAAGAAAGAUGGAUACUGAUAUAUACCAUCUGUUCUUCCUUGAUUAUGACCUCUUUUGGCACGUGCUCGAACUUUAUUGCAAGAAAUUUCCAUCAUGGAUGGUUAAACUUAUAGACUUUGGGGAUCUUUUAACUUAAUUGUAAUGUAAUUCUCAAAACUUUAGUGAACAUUUCCAUUUUUCAACGGAAUGUAGUAGAUGUGACUUUUGGGAUACCGAGUGGAUAUUAGUUUUUUAUAGCUGUUUUCUUGACAUUACUUUACA